UAGGUUUAUGGUCCUUCUUCUACUUCUUGGCUUUCUGCGUAAUGGCUCACCAAUGGGGCUCUAGCGAGGAACCACCAGCAGGAUAUGGACACACCAACAUAGCAGCAGCCAUCUUCUUCUCCUUCAUCUCCAUCUUUAUCUGGGGAGUGUGCUGCUUCCUUGGAUACCAGAGGUUCAAGGCAGGGUUCGAUUCCGCCUUUGGCGGAGGUAUUGAUGAGGAGGCGCUGCGUGGGGAUACCCAGGGCGGAGGAUAUCAGGCGUACCAACAGGGCGGAUACAGUGAGCCGCCGUUCAAUCAGCAAGGUGAAGAUGCUGGCGGCUACAACAACGUGCAGUAUUAACAAAUAUGCCGCCAAGCCAUGCACUGAUCAGUCCCCUGUACAAGAUCAAGGAAGCUGACUGCGGCAAGAUGGAAGUGAAAAAGUUAGGUUCGGAAUAUUACAUUUGUAUAAAAAAAUCGGCAUUAUUUUUAUUUUAAUCCCUUAAAAACAUUUUCAGGGUUUCUUCAUAUUUUUAAAGAUUAAAAUGCAUCCUAAAGUUUUAUUUGGAAAAGAAUAGUUCAAAGAUGAUCUGCUUUUGUUGCUCAUAGUUUACUUUGAAUUUGACAAAAGUUUUGCACAUGAAUAAUAUUUUGUUGGAACUCAGAGUUGAAUUUUUAUUUUAAAAACAUUAAGUUUUAUCUUUUCUCUCUGAGUAAAAUUAUAAAGCUGUAAUUUACUCAGAGCAAAGAUCUGAAAAGAAAAACUGGUCCAUUUUGUUUCUAAAAUACAAUUUCAAGAAUGUGUUUUACAAAAUAGUUCGCUGUGUAUGAAAAACGAUCAGUAAAUUGUCAUUGAUUCUAAAUCUUGCUUUUUAUCUUGAGUACAUCGAAAAGGAGUUUUAAUGGAGAAGAAAAGCUUUUCCUUAAAUUUUGCACUGAUCUUAAAAGCAAAAUUUCCCAUAAGAAGCAUAAAAAGUGACUUUAAAAUGUUAAUUUUUGUAGACAAGGGUAAACUGAAUAGAUUGAAAUAUGUUGUUAAAAGCUAUAACCCUCCUUUUACUUUUAUAACGGUUUUGCACUUGGAUUGAUAAACACAUCACUUUAAUAAAAACUGGAGUAAACUUUUUGAAGCUGAUUUCAUAAAAGGUUUUUGGCCCGAUUGGUGAAAUAAG